AUGACAACUAUAAUAAGUGCAUCUGUACAUUUUCUCGAUGUUACUAUUACAAAUGAGAAUGGAAAACUCCGAACAUGUAUUUAUCAUAAGCCAACAACUGAACCAUAUAUUUUACCAUACACAUCGGAUCAUCCACAUCAUAUCAAUUGUAAUAUUCUAUAUGAAGCAUUAUUACGUGCUGCUCGUAUUUGUUCACAUGUUAAUGAUUUUAAUUCAGAACGUAUUCGUCUUGAUAUGUCAUUAUUAUUGAAUAGUUAUCCACCGAAUUUUAUUACUAAACAAUUCCAUCGAUUCUUUCUUUUAAAUAAUGCAAUGUCUGUAUUAACUGAAUUAAAUGAAGAUGCUUACCAUCAUUUACAUCAAACUCUAUUGCAACAACCAACACGUGGCGAGAAAAACCAUUUUAACAUGAUGCAUGAUCCUAUUGCAAAACCAGUCGUAUUACAACCAAAAAUAUGGAAGAAAGAAGUAAUGUAUCCAUGUUAUCUCUAUGGUACUAGUCUCACUAGUAAUUUACCAAAUCAAUUCUGCAAAUGGUGGCAAACAUAUUAUGCAUUUACUGAAUCACCACUUGAACACAUAAAAUUGAUGAUAGUCGGAAAUACCAAUCGUACUUUAGAAAGUUUCUUGAUUCGUAAGAAACCUUCAUGA